GCUGUCCAGCAAUGUUUUGGUUCCUGGCGGUGACGUAAUACACAAAAACAUGGUUCCCUUGUUUUGAACCUGAAACGCGUGCUAAGUGUUUUCCUGUAACUUCACUCCGCAUGAAGAUGCAUUUCCGAAAGCGAGUGGCUGGGACGCAUUGAUGAGAUGACGAUGGCUCAGGCCGUGGAAACGUGUGCGGAAUCCGGACGCAGGCUGCGCUCCAUUUGCCGAAGGAUGUACGACGAAAACGAGGAUUUGUCCGAUGUUGAAGAAAUUGCAAACAUCCGAGGUUUCAGUGUGGAGGAAAAGCUUGUCAGUGACAGUUACAGCGCCACGUUUGUCCACUUCAUGGAGGGUAAAGACUUCUCUUAUGAAUAUGUGCAAAGGGAGGCUCUGAGGACUCCACUUAUUUUCAAAGAGAAAGAUGGACUAGGGGUCAGAAUGCCUGAUCCAGAAUUCACAGUCAGUGAAAUUAAAGGCUUAGUUGGGAGUCGUCGGUCUGUAGAUGUUAUGGAUGUGAGCACUCAGAAGGGCUCUGAAAUGAGCAUGGCUCAGUUUGUCCGUUAUUAUGAGACACCAGAGGAAGAGCGGGACAAACUCUUCAACGUCAUCAGCUUAGAGUUCAGCCACACUAAGCUGGAGAACCUCAUCAAGCGGCCCACAGUGGUCGAUCAAGUCGACUGGGUGGACAACAUGUGGCCUCCCGAUCUGAAACAUAGCCAAACAGAAGCCACCAAUGUAAUCUCAGACAUGAAGUACCCUAAAGUGCAAAGGUAUUGUUUGAUGAGUGUGAAGGGCUGCUACACAGACUUCCACAUCGAUUUUGGCGGAACUUCGGUUUGGUAUCACGUAUUCAAGGGACAGAAAGUGUUUUGGCUCGUGCCCCCAACCCCUCAUAACCUUGCCCUUUAUGAGGACUGGGUCCUGACAGGCAAGCAGAGUGAUAUCUUCCUGGGAGACCGAGCUGAUGGAUGCCAGAGAGUGGAGCUCGAGCAAGGAUACACGUUCUUCAUCCCAUCUGGGUGGAUUCAUGCUGUCUACACUCCAGAGGACACGCUGGUAUUUGGAGGCAAUAUUCUGCACAGCUUCAACAUUCCUAUGCAGCUUACCAUCCAUGAGAUAGAGAAUAGGACUAAGGUUCAUUCCAAGUUCCGUUUCCCCUUCUACUACGAGAUAUGCUGGUAUGUCCUGGAGAGAUACCUGCACUGUCUCACCAAGCGCUCCUACUUCUCUCAGGAGAUCCGCAAAGAGCCUGUGCUAAUGGACUAUGAGACCAAGGCAAACACAGAGAGCCCCUCCUCCGACUCAAGGAGCCAGGACAUGAACGAGGACUCAUGUGAGACUCAAGUCAGGGAUGGCCAGAGUGAAAAAGCAGAGAAAGCUGCCCAGGAUGGGCCCUGCUCUCCUGACAACCGGAGGGGCCAGCACCUCAAAGCUGUUUUAUCUGUUGACUCUGAGGACAGCUGUAAUCCCGGCUCCACCUCUCUGGACUUCCCUCAAACCCCCUCUGACUCUCCAGCCUCGGAGUCUCCGAAUAAAUGGAUGCAUUUGACCGAGUUUGAACUGAGCGGACUUCGGACGCUGGUUGAGAAGCUGGAGUCGCUCCCUGAAAACAAGAAGUGUGUUCCCGAGGGAAUAGAGAACCCACAGGCCCUGCUGGAAGACAUGAAGGUUGUCUUAAAAGAACAUGCUGAUGAUGACCCCAAAUUAGCGAUCACUGGAGUUCCUGUGGUUUACUGGCCAAAGAAAACUGUAAAGCCACGGCCUCUCAACCGGCCAAAACCUAAGAUGGCAGCUUCUCCUGCAUCAGCAAUCAAGCUGUCAGCUGGUCGGGGAACAUCUGGUGCCAGGAGGAGAAGGACGCGCUGUCGGAAGUGUGAAGCAUGCCUGCGGACAGAGUGUGGAGAGUGCCACUUUUGUAAAGACAUGAAGAAGUUUGGUGGGCCGGGCCGCAUGAAGCAGUCCUGCAUCAUGAGGCAGUGCAUUGCACCUGUCCUGCCACACACAGCAGUGUGUCUCGUCUGUGGAGAGGCAGGCAAAGAGGACACAGUGGAGGAUGAGGAGGAGAAGUUUAACCUUAUGCUCAUGGAGUGCUCCAUCUGCAAUGAGAUUGUUCAUCCUAACUGUCUUAAGGUGAAAGAUUCAAACGGAGUAGUCAAUGAUGAAUUGCCAAACUGCUGGGAGUGCCCAAAGUGCAAUCAUGCUGGGAAAACAGGAAAAGCCUCAAAGCAAAAAAGGGGGCCAGGAUUUAAGUAUGCGUCAAACCUUCCUGGUUCGCUGCUGAAAGAACCGCGGUUAAACCGGGAUUCAAAAGAGGAGCCUGACCCACCCAUGUUGGCCACAGCAGCUGUUACUGCGUUGACUCCCACGUCUGCCGUGAAGAGAAAGGCAGAGCGGGAGGAAGUCCCGAAGAGGAAAGAGGAAGAGCCUCCCAAGAAACGUCCUCCCUUGCUGUCUCUGGAUGGUACGCUGCGACCGAGGCUAGAGGACAACCCACUAAGGAAAAAAAGAAAGCUCUUUGACACCCAUGAUGAACCUGUAAUUGUGAAAAAGAAGAAGAAGCUUUCAAAACCAGAGGAUCCUUUGACUUCGAAGCUGUUGCGGCAAAUCAAGACAGAGAAAGAUCACGGCGACGAAGAAGAUGACCAGGAGGAUCAGGAAGAAGAUGGAUUUUCUUUGGACAGGAUUCAUUUCAAGGGGAAAAAUGAAUAUGAUGACGAGGAUCAAGCAGAAGACGAGGAGGGAGGGGAAGAGGAGACAGUGAAAAAAGAGAGAGACAGCAGUGCAGAAGACAAAGCCAAGGUCCUGUUAAGUCCACUGCUAAGAACAUCCGAACAAGCCACCAACUCCCCCAGAGCUGGACCAAGCAGCGAAUCAGGAGAAGCACAGGACAGGAACUCUGCUCAGCUAAAGGCUCGCCAUCAGCGUCGACGCCUCCCCAACAAAGAGCUGAGCAAAGAGUUCAACCAGGAGAUUCCCAAGACAGAAGUUUCUGACAGUCUCUCCAAUCAAAACCACGGCUCAGUGAAGACGGAGGACGGCUCAGCCAAUCACAAUCGACGACCUCUGAAGAACGAGGACUCCGUGACCAAUCAGAUUCCUAAACCGCUAAAAACAGAGGACUCAACCACUAAUCAGAGCCGCAGGGCCCUUAAAACAGAGGAAGGUCUGGCCAAUCACAACAGGCGGCCACUGAAAACGGAGGACGGCCUGGCCAAUCAGAACCACAGGCCUGUAAAAACCGAGCCUGAGAAUGAAGUCGAGGACCAAAAGCCUAGAUGGCCCCUUCAUAACGGCAGCAGCGACCUGGGCGACUGGCUGCGACACAGGGUGGGGGAGGUGAAUGAGACACCGCGUGGUUACUCGCCACUGGGCUGGAACAGAGGCACGCAGAUCACACCCAUUUGCCCCCGUCCACUUCCUUGCCGGUCACCGCCAAAAUGCAUCCAAAUGGAGCGCCAUGUGAUCCGGCCCCCUCCCAUCAGCCCUCCGCCUGACAGACUCCCGCUGACCGACGGCGAGGCACACGUGAUGCGAAGAGAGAUGUGGAUGACAGUGUUCGGUCACUUGACUCACAGAGAUCUCUGUGUGUGCAUGCGUGUCUGCAGGACCUGGAACAGAUGGUGCUGCGACAAGAGGCUUUGGAAGCACGUCAAUCUGAACCGCUGCAAGUCCAUCACGCCCCUAAUGCUGAGCGGCAUCAUCCGGAGACAGCCGGUAGCUCUGGACCUCAGCUGGACCAACAUCUCCAAAAAACAACUCAGCUGGCUCAUCAACAGACUGCCAGGUCUGCGGGUGCUGCUGUUGUCAGGAUGCUCCUGGGUGGCAGUCUCUGCUCUUUGCACCUCCAGCUGUCCUAUUCUGCGAACUCUGGAUGUUCAGUGGGUUGAGGGACUGAAAGAUGCCCAAAUGAGGGACCUGCUGUCGCCUCCUACAGAUAACAGGCCAGGUCAGUUGGACAACAGGAGUAAACUGCGUAAUGUGGAGGACCUGCGCCUGGCAGGCUUGGACAUCACUGACACGUCUCUGCGCCUCAUCAUACGCUACAUGCCCUCGCUGUCCAAGCUGGACCUCAGCUACUGCAACCACGUCACCGACCAGUCCGUCAACAUCCUGACUGCUGCAGGGACGACCACCAGAGACUCGCUCACCGACAUCAACCUGUCAGUCUGUAACAGGGUCACGGACCAGUCGCUGACCUAUUUCAAGCGCUGCGGAAGCAUCUGUCACAUCGACCUGCGGUACUGCAAACAGGUGAGCAAGGAAGGAUGCGACCGGUUCAUUGCAGAAAUGUCCGUCAGCGUGCAGUUUGAACUGAUAGAAGAGAAGCUGCUGCAAAAGAUCAGUUAGGAACAUGGAGGACUGUGUGCCAUCCACCAGUGAGGAAGCGGCCGUCCACACGGAGGCAGCAGACGACUGCGCUGACGUCUGCGGUGAACGAGGACACGUCCGUCUGUCUACCGGAUGUCGGGGGAAGCUGUGCUGCUCGGCCAGAAUGUAAAAAUGCAAAUCGUGUCCCGUGAAGGCAAUAUUGCAAAAGUUGUUUUUGUUGUUGUUUGCACUUGUUUAUAAGCUAUUUAUUUCUUUAUAUAUUGAUUGUGUAUGCAUCGUAUCAUGACUAUCUUUUGGUUCGGAUGCAAAGUUCAUUGCAUUAGAGUAAUAUUUUUGUAUCAGAAAGUGUUUCAUACAUUUAUGUGCAGCAUUGAUUGCACCACUGUACAGUAUCAUACCAUUGGAAUUGAUAAUCAAUCGGCAUUACUGUUAAGCUCUUAAUUGUUGAGAGGCAAAGGUCGAAUGAUUUGUUGUCAAACUGUAGGAUGGUAGCUUCUGUUUGUGUGUGUUUUUAUAUUUUAUUAUAUGUGUCAGUGCCAUGGUUCUGUUUGGACAAAGGUACUGUAUAUUUUGUUUUCCAUAUAAUGAUACAAUUUGCACUGAUACAGUAAAUAUGAAUACGUGAAUGUAUUCACACAUACACUUUA